AUGGUAAUUAAUCCGCAUGAUGUGGAUUUUGCUGCAACAGCUACACCUGAGCAAAUCAAACAUAUGUUAAGCGAACCAAAUAUACGAAUGAUUAAUGCGAAUGGAGAACAACAUGGAACGAUUACUACUCGUAUUGAUGAUAAAGAUAAUUUUGAGAUAACAACGUUACGAGUCGAUGUUUCUACUGACAGACGGCAUGUUGCAAAAAAUAGCAUAGACCCGACAUCUUAUGUUUUAUAUUUCGAAGGAAUUAUAUAUGAUUAUUUCAAUGGAAUUGAUGGUCUUGAACGUCGUCGUAUUCGUUUUGUGGGCGAUCCUGUUGAACGUAUUCGUGAAGAUUAUCUUCGUAUUCACAUUUCUGGUGAACGCCUACGAGUUGAAUCUAAGCGUACUGCUGAAGGACGCAAUGCUGGUCCAGUACUAAAAAAAAUGCUUGAACAGAAUAUUAGUCAAUAUCCUGAUAUUCCAUCGAAUAUCGAUCUAAAUCAAAUAGAAGAUCAUUGGAGAAAAUUUCAUCAAAUUAAGCCAAAAGCUCCAACCAUUCUAACAAAACUUUUCUUAUCUAAAUUUGAACAACGCAUGAAAUAUUUCAAUGAGUACCGCCGUUUAUCUCAAUGGUUGGUCGCAUAUCGUGAUUCAAUAUCAAUACUUGAUUCAUCAUCCAUCGAUCCAUUGAAACCAUCUAAAGAUUGA